GACCGAGGGGCAACAUUUCUUUUAGCACUUUUAGCACCUUUAGCACUUUUUAGUGCCUAUAAUCAUCCCCCCAAAGAAAUCUACAACCUCAUCUAUUUAUCUAACAAAUUGACUAUGAAGCUUUCAUAUUUCGAACUUGCGACACUGUCAGCGUAGACGAACCCGUAAUAUGUUCGAUUGCGCAAAAUCUGCACUAAAUUCUUCCUCGCCAUGUCCGCUUCGACAAAGUCAAUGACCCCUCGAAAGCAGUCAAAGCUAAACUUCGGCUCUGCGGCGAACGGCAAGGGUGGAAAGACACCGAUUGGGAAGAAAAAGCCACCAGCAAACGGGAAUAUACUCAAUUUCUUCCAGAAAGUUGAAGUAGAGGAACAGCUUUUCUGCGCCGGCCCUGCGAAUACAUCUGCUUUUAUACCCAACGUUGCGCCGCCGUUACCGAAGAUCGACGAGGAUCUAUUUGGGGAUGGGGGCAUACCCCAGGACGCUGAAAAGGAGGUGAGAUCUCCUAAACGGAGAAAACUGAGCCAUGAUGGAAACGAGAGCAUACCGCAAAGCUCGGAGAGCACGCAGAGUGAAGAAUCUGAUCAACCGAAGUCAACGGUAUUAGAACGGACGGUUACAAAGCAAGCUCGAAGAAAAGUUCCGUUUUUAAUCGAUUCCGAUAGCGAAGACGAUGAUAUAGAGUCCUCGCCAUUGAAAGAUACUAUGGAUACUGAGGCAGCUGUUGCCACACCCGAAAUAAAAAAUGAAACAGCAGAAUUAGAUGUAGCCCCCGACAUUCCACCCCUUAAUCAGGGGGAGUCUGUAUAUGAAGAAUUUAAAGACCUUGAGGAUGUUGAAGGGCUAUUUGACGACGUUGAGGAGUAUGCCGACGGCGAAGAAUUCCGGGAAAGGCGUUAUAUGGAAGAACAGGCGCGACUCGAAGCUGAAGAGGCAGGAAACUAUACUUCCGAUGGCGUUGUGGGCGAAUUUCAGGAAUCCGAAGGAAUCGUAGAAUGCUGUCCGUUGUGUAAUGCAAAUCUAGCGGGUAUUACUCCGGAUCAAGCAACAGUCCACGUAAAUGCAUGUCUGGAUGGUAACCCGAUACCCAUUCCGAAGCCGAAGCCGAAGCCGAAGCCAGAAGACCAAACGCCUUCGGAAACGGUAGAUGCACCCGAGAUCAGCAAGCGGUUUGCUAAAGCCGCCGUACCGCGGCCGGGCCAAGUCAACCCGAUCAGUAUCGGAAGCACGGCAACCAAACCUACUUCGGCUUUCAGCAAGUUGAUGUCGGGACACGCCGAAGAUGCGGCAUGGGCUUCGGCCGCGGCUGCAGAACACGCGUCCCGUGGCAAACCCGCAUACAAGCGAACAUGUCCCUUCUAUAAGAUCAUGCCUGGAUUCUCUAUCUGUGUUGAUGCCUUUCGAUACGGCGCUGUGAAAGGCUGCAAUGCCUACUUUCUUAGUCACUUUCAUAGCGAUCACUACAUUGGCCUAACGGCUAAUUGGUCCCACGGACCUAUAUACUGCAGCAAGGUCACGGGGAGUCUCGUGAAGAACCAACUUCGAACUGCGGCGAAGUGGGUAGUAGAGCUAGAGUUUGACGAGACAGUUGAGGUUCCGGGAACCGAGGGGGUAACAGUCACCAUGAUACCAGCCAACCAUUGUCCGGGUAGUUCGUUGUUUCUCUUCGAAAAGACCAUUGGGAAAGGGCCUAAUCCGAGAAAGCAACGGAUUCUACACUGCGGCGACUUUCGGGCUUGUCCAGCACACGUCAGCCAUUCACUACUGAGGCCCGAGAUGGUCGAUACCGUCUCUGGCAAAGUCAAACAACAGAAGAUUGAUGUCUGCUACCUAGAUACGACAUAUCUCAACCCUCGCUACUCCUUCCCUCCACAAGACGACGUUGUUUCAACCUGUGCUGAAUUCUGCAAGUUGAUAUCUGACGAGAACAGUGAUACGGCUGAAAUACUAGAUGCGUUAAAGCCAGAAAAAGGCAAAGUCAGCAAAUUCUUCAAGAAGGAAGAUAAGAGUUCGUCGUCCGCCACCAAAACAGAAAGCAACUCUCAAAAGAACCGUCUCCUCGUCAUCUGCGGCACCUACUCCAUCGGCAAAGAGCGCAUAUGCAAGGCCAUCGCACAAACGCUAGGGACCAAGAUCUUCGCAUCGCCAGCCAAGAUCAAAAUCUGCUCUCAGCUAGGCGACCCGGAGCUCGCGGCGCUCAUGACGAGCGACCCGCUCGAAGCGCAGGUGCACAUGCAGAUGCUGAUGGAGAUCCGCGCCGAGACGCUGCAGGAGUACCUCGACGGGUACAAGCCGCACUUCUCGCGCAUCGUCGGGUUUCGUCCUAGCGGCUGGAACUACCGGCCCGCGGGCGCUGCAAAAAACACUACUACUGCUAACGCCUCCCCCGCCAGCACCUAAGGUUGGUAGAUAAUAUAUGCAUAGUAUCGGUUCGCCUUUUGGGGUGCUGUUAGGAUAUUAUGCGAUUGCCAUGACUCUUGAUAAUUUAUUAGCCUGAAUAUCUUUCACACUCGAGCAGUUCAGGGCACUGGGUUGGGAU